CGGCGGGAGGCGGUGCCGCGGCGCGGGGCCCGGCCAUGCCGCGGGGUCAGCGGGGCGGCGGGGCCGCGGGGCAGCCGGUGCUGAGCAGGUUCUUCGGGGCGGCGGCGAGCGGCGGCGAGCGCGGGCCCCGCUACACGGCUUCUAAAUGUUGCACGAAAAGGAGCACAUCUACUGAGAGCAAUGAACCCUGUGAAAAGAAGACCAAGGCACGGCAAAUUACUCUGGAAGAGAUCUGUAACCCACGGAAGACUCAGGAUAAAAAAGGACCUCAGAAGUGUGAGAAGUCCCGUAUCUGUUUGGAAACUCUGGGCAGGCUGAGAGAGUUCUGCAGUGAUUCAAACCAGCAGUGUACCAGCCUCCAGGAGGACGGCCUUCAGGAGAAAGAAAAAUGUCCCAGUCUUACUGGGAGGAGCUCAGAACUGAAAAAUACUCUUCCAUCUUGGGACAGCGGCCCAAAGGUGGCACAGAAGGAGCAGUUACAAUGUAAUCUUAGUCAGUUUUCUGCGUCUCUUAAGUCCUAUGAAAAUUCUCAAAAUUCUUCAGAGACAAAUCUUAAUAAAAGAACCAAAAGCAUUUACACUCCCCUGGAACUCCAGUUCAUAGAAAUGAAGAAAAAGUACAAAGACACUGUUUUGUGUGUGGAAUGUGGAUACAAAUACCGGUUCUUUGGAGACGAUGCAGAGAUUGCAGCUAAGGAGCUGAACAUUUACUGUCACCUGGAUCACAACUUCAUGACUGCCAGCAUCCCCAGCCACCGGCUCUUCGUCCACGUGCGCCGCCUGGUAGCCAAGGGACACAAGGUUGGAGUAAUAAAACAGAUGGAAACUGCAGCACUGAAAGCUGCUGGAGAAAAUAAAAGCUCUCUCUUCAGCCGUAAGCUGACUGCCCUCUACACUAAGUCUACACUUAUUGGAGAAGAUGUGAACCCUUUGUUGAAGCUGGAUGAUUCCGUAGAUGUUGAGGAGGUAACAGCAGAUGUCCCUGAUAGCUACCUCCUCUGCAUCUGUGAAAAUGGAGACCGCCCGAAGGACGGGAAGAAAGGUGACAUUGUUACAGGCAUUAUGGCCAUCCAGCCAACCACGGGAGAAGUGAUUUUUGACAGUUUUCGGGACGGUGCUUCCCGCUCGGAGCUGGAGAGUCGCGUUCUGCGCCUGCAGCCAGUGGAGAUAAUCCUUCCAUCUAGGCUGUCAGAUCCAUCUGAAAAGCUCAUCCACAGUAUAACCUCCAUGAGGUUACAGGAUGACAGAAUUAGGUUGGAAAGGAUGGAAAACCUCAAUUUUGAGUACAGCCAUGCUUUCCAGAGGGUUACUGACUUCUAUGCAAAAGAGGUGCCUGGUACUGCAGGUCCCCAAAACCUAUCUGUAAUACUAAGCUUGGAUAAGCCCAUUAUUUGCUCUCUGGCAGCAGUAAUUACAUAUCUCAAAGAAUUUAAUUUGGAAAAGAUGCUUUACAAUCCAAGCAAUUUCAAACGGUUGUCCAGUGAAACAGAAUACAUGACAAUUAAUGGGACAACAAUGAAAAAUCUUGAAAUUUUACAGAAUCAGACGGACAUGAAAACAAAAGGAAGCCUGCUCUGGGUGUUGGAUCACACUAGAACUUCGUUUGGGCGUCGGAGGUUGAAGAAGUGGGUGACCCAGCCCCUGCUGAAAGUGAGUGAAAUAAAUGCCCGGCUUGAUGCUGUGUCUGAAAUUCUGCUGUCAGAAUCCAGCGUGUUUGGUCAGAUUCAGAAUCUUCUCUGUAAGCUGCCAGAUUUGGAGAGAGGCCUCUGCAGUGUUUUCCACAAGAAGUGCUCUACCCAGGAGUUCUUCUUGAUAGUCAGCACCCUGUCUCGUCUGGAAUUGGGAAUUGAGGCUUGUGUCCCAGUCAUACAAUCCCAUCUGAGAUCUCCUCUGUUAAAAGAUGCCCUGUUGGAAAUCCCAGGCCUGCUCUCCCCAGUGAAGCACUAUCUAAAGAUCCUUAAUGAGGAAGCAGCCAAGACUGGAGAUAAAACACAGUUGUUCAAGGACCUGACGGACUUCCCUGCCAUCCGAAAGAAAAAGGAGGAGAUCCAGGAUGUGCUCUCUAAAAUCCAGCUGCAUCUGCCAGAUAUUCGUAAACAGAUUAAGAACCCUUCUGCAGAGUAUGUUGCAGUUUCGGGUCAAGAGUUUUUGAUAGAAGUGAAGAAUUCCCAUAAAUCAUCUGUGCCAUCUGACUGGGUUAUGGUUAGCAGCACCAGAGCCGUCAGCCGCUUCCACUCGCCGCUGGUGACAGAGAGCUACAGAGUCCUGCAGCAGCUGCGCGAGCAGCUGGCCCUGCACUGCGCUGCGGGCUGGCUCUGCUUCCUGGAUCGUUUCAGUGAACAUUAUCACCCCGUGUCUAAAGCCAUUUGUCACCUAGCAACUGUGGACUGCCUGUUCUCAUUGGCCCAGGUGGCCAAACAAGGAGACUACUGCAGGCCAACUGUGCAAGACAAUCCUCGCGAAAUAAAAAUAAAAAAUGGGAGGCACCCUGUGAUUGAUGUUCUCCUGGGAGAGCAGGACCAGUAUGUCCCAAACACCACCAGCCUUUCAGGAGAUGGUGAAAGGGUCAUGAUAAUAACUGGGCCCAACAUGGGAGGGAAGAGCUCCUACAUCAAGCAAGUGGCACUGAUCACAGUCAUGGCACAGAUUGGCUCUUUUGUUCCUGCAGAAGAAGCCACAAUUGGUGUUGUGGAUGGAAUUUUUACCAGUUUGCAUACUAAAUGGGUUGAACACCGUAAGAUGAAGAGCUUUUAAUUUUGCAGGAUUUGGUUGGCUGUCAAAGAGACAUUAAAACAAGUGAUUUCCAGCCAAAUUGCAUCUGCUGAGGAGUGAUGGAUCCAAGGAGACGCUGCUCGUGCUGCCUGUCUGCACGUUCCUUGUGGGCAGGACUGGAGAAGAAGAAUUUAAUGUUUUAAUGUAUAAAAACAUUUAGCAGGAGAUCUGCAUUGAAAUGAGGAUUCCAAGCCACUGAGGAGUCCUGGAGAAGUUUGGUGGGGUUUAUUAUGGCUGUUUUAAAUGUGAAAAAAAACCCAAAAAAGGGUUGUUUAAGCAGUAGGUUUUGUGACUCAACAACUUUACUGUAUCAGGAAUAAUAGAGCAUAAAGUUAGGGAGCAAUGCCUUGCUGCAAAUUAGCUGUUACUUUUAUAAAUGCAAUCAUCCACACUAAAAUGGUUAUUCCUGCUUAUUUCUGGGAUAACAAAGCUCAGUAUGUAUGUUCAAAAAACAAGUGUAAAUCUUCUAGUGUAAAGGACAGAAGCAGAAAGAACAAUUUUAUCAAUUUUCAAAGGAUAGCAUUUAAGAUGUUUUAUGUCAUUUAAAAAUGCUCUGUUUGUUUAAUCUGUAGUUAAGCCUGAGUUGGAUUGGAAUGUUUUAAAAUGCUGGAAAGAAAGACUUCUUCUCCAGCUGUCUCUAACAACAAGGGAAAGAUAAUACUAAUUUCUCUUUGUAUCUUGAGCAUUUAGUGAGGAAGUUCAGGAAAUUAUUUUUGUGAAUGCAAAUUAGAUACAAAGCAGGCUAAAAUAUUUUGUGGGCUCUGUGGAAAUGAUGCAAUCCCAGAGAAAAAUGGAAGCUCUGUGUGUAAUCAUCACAGGCACACAACAGCCAGCCUGUGAGAUGCUGUCCCUGUAAGGAAAAGCCAAGUAAGAAAUGAGAAAAUAAUAGCACCACUAAUUGUAGGGUCAGAGACUAACACUGAGCUUGUUCAUUAAGGAACCAGAGACUGUUCAAACAUAACAAGUAUUUGUCAUUCUGAUUAAUGUAUUUGCAGUUAACAGUGUUACAAAAGGCCUGGGUUAUCCUGUAUCUGAGCAGUGAGGGGGAUUCUUUGAUUUUACAGCAGAGCCUGGUGCCUGACAAGCUGGGAAAGGGGCACAGGGGUGGUGGGGGCACUGUGAGAAAUGCACUAAAAUCUUCAUCAUUCCUAACCCAGCAUUUGAAAGGAUUACAGCAGUAAGUGGCUUAAUAAAAUGUUAAUUUCACAAAA